AUGGUCGGCAGCACAAGCAACAGCUUGAAGACUUGCCAUGAGUUCGCGAAGCGUGGAUCUUGUCGCUUCAACCCCUGCAAAUAUGCCCAUGUCCGGCGAAACGAGAACAAGGCCCGUGAUUCGACCAACAGCACAAGCCAUAAGAGUCAUAGUCUUGAUGGUUCCAACGAGCUAGCGAUCUGGAAGCGACAAGUCGGCAGUCAUCAUCAUAAUCGUCCACUGGGCGGGCAGCUAGGUCCCAUGUUCGCCAAGGCCAGAGAGCUCAUCGAGCUCGAUGAAAGCACACUCCAGGAUGUAAUCCGAUGCCUCUCCAAAGAGAGCGGGCUGAGACGAAUUCAGGAAUUGGUGCAGCGUAACUUCGAUUCUAUCCCGCCAUCUGCGAAACGUGAUCUAUUUGUCAAGCAGAUGCUGCCCUUCAUGGAGAUUAUCACGCAUCCGGAAGUGCUCGCCUCCCUGGUGAUGGAGCAAGCAGUGGGCACUAUAUACAAUUGUCUCUACGGGGUUGGUGGGCGUCGGGGCGAACCUUUUCUGGGGUUUCUGGCGGGCGCUAUACAGCAGGAGAUUGAGACUGAGGGUAAAGCAGCACCCGCAUACCUCGAGCAGUCUCUCCUAGUAUUUUGGAAGAUAGUCGAGCUGAACUCGACUGCAUUUGUCCAAGAACCUUUGAAGGUCGUGGCUCUACAAUUCGUGGACCUGUUUCUUAUUCUUCAUGCCUUGGACAGCUCGGACGCCCUUCAUCAGUCGCGAGAUUACCUGGACAAGCUGCAGCAUCGGCUUGAUAUCGGGAUUUCUUUGCCAGCCGUAACAAAGACCGCAAAGCAGCAUGUUAAUCAUCAGCCCGUUGCAUUUGUGACACAGAGAGAUCCGCCUGGUGGACGCCAUGACAAUGACGACGCUGAUAUUUGCAAGAUCAAGAUCAUGCCGACCUUCCAGGAGAUUCUGUCUCCGCGCUCUGAGUAUCUCCCUCCCAAGGAUCCGCGCCAGUGGCAUAAGUGUGGACUCGCCGGGCUAUUGGACAGGAACUUCCGACUAUUACGCGAAGAUACCAUCGGUCAGCUCAGAGACGCAAUACAUGCAGAGAUUCAACCGGUCGAUCGCAGCCAACGGUCGCGUCAGAAAGGGGAAACCAGGACGUACGUGUACAGACAGGUAGUCGUGCAAGGGGUGGAAUUUCAUCGGUUCGACGGAUUACAGUUCCUAGUGCGCUUUUCUCAGCCGACAAAUGUCCGCGGGGCAGCGAAGAAGAAGUUACAGGAAUGGUGGCAGCUGUCGAAACGUUUACAGCCAGAUGCACUUGUGUGUCUUGUUGAUCCCCGUGGGCAUACAAUGUUUUGCACGGUCGCUGCACCUGAUUGCCCAAGAUCCGAUGCCGCCCAGAAGCAACAGAAGAGGCUAGCUGGCUCGCUUUCAGAUAACUCUAACGUGGCCUCUGUGCUUUUGAAGUUGGUUGAGUCUGGCGAGAGCAGCUGGCAGUACAUCCUCGACUGCCAUGCGUCCCAGCACAAUCCGUCUCCUAUCUCGCUCGUGGAAUUCCCCGGUAUUCUCUUGCCGUCAUUCCAGCCCACUCUACUUGCUCUUCAGAAAAUGCAGAAAUCUGGAGAUGUUCCCAUGGCGGAGUUCCUCGCGCCCCAGGGUCAAAACACCUUGUCAGUCUUGGCUGACGUGCCCCCGCCUGUCUAUGCAGCCUCGCAAAACUUCAGCUUCGACCUGAAAUGUCUCAUGAAGGAUCGUUCCAGCCUGCAGCUGCACACCUCUCAGCCUUUUGAUCUAAAAAUGCUUCAGGAUGGCUCCACACUCGAUGAUGCCCAGGCUUUGGCGCUGGCCAGCACCCUUCAGCGCAAGAUUGGGCUGAUUCAAGGCCCGCCAGGGACUGGCAAGAGUUUCACGGGCGUCGCAUUGAUAAAGGUACUGUUGGCCAACAAAGCGAAGGUCAAAAGGCGGCUUGGACCGAUUGUAUGCGUGUGCUACACAAAUCACGCCCUCGACCAGCUCCUGGAGGACCUGCUGGAUAACGAAAUCACUUCGCAGAUCAUCAGAAUCGGCUCGCAAUCCAAAUCCGAGCGCUUGCAACCACUGAAUCUUCGUAAGGUUGUCAGCGGCGUUGAAAAGACACGCAUGGAAAAAAACGAGCAAUGGCGUCUACAUAAGGCUCUUAACGACCAUGAAGAUAGAUUCCGCAAGCUCAAGUUGAACGCGAUUGGCUCAGAUCAUGGUCUGAAGUCGUACCUCGAACAGCACCAACCAUACCAUUAUGCCCAAUUAUUUGCCCGAGACGCAGAUGGUUUCCAAAGGCAGACAAAGGGGAAGCCCGCUCGCACUAUCCAGUCGUGGCUAAAGGCUGGCAGAUAUAGCAGAGCGCAGCCCACCACCAUUCAAGACCUCGCAAAGGUCCACGUCGAUGCAAUGACGGCCGCGGAACGCAAAGCUCUCCACGCUCACUGGAUAGAUGACUACAGACAGAAAGCCCAUCUUCGGGUGCAAGCAGCCUUGCAUGAACAUCUAGAGACCAAAGCUUCCUGGGACAGAAUCCGAGACGAACUGGCCUUGCGGUGUCUCAAGGCCGCAGACGUGAUUGGAGUGACUUCAACAGGCUUGGCCCGAAACCUCGAGAUGCUCCGUAGACUGCCAUCCAAGGUGCUCGUGUGCGAAGAAGCUGGGGAAGUGUUGGAAGCGCACUUGCUCACGUCGCUCCUGCCGUCUCUCGAACAGGUAAUACUGAUCGGCGACCAUCAACAACUCCGGCCCCAAAUCCAAAACUACGACCUAUCCCGAGAGAGCAAAGCGGGUGCCCAAUAUGCGUUGGAUAGGUCUCUCUUUGAGCGCCUAGUGGAUCCAGAUGAUGCGGUCGGCGUCCAGAUCCCCUUCUGCACCCUGGAAACGCAACGGAGGAUGCAUCCCUCGAUUUCCCAACUCAUACGCGACACGCUGUAUCCACGCCUGCAAGAUGCGCCAUCCGUGUCGACAUAUCCUGAGGUUGCAGGAGUCCGAAAGCGGCUUUUCUGGCUUGACCACCGUGUACCAGAAGGCCAAGCCUCUAACGAAGACGCGAUGGCAACAUCUCAUUGGAACGAUUACGAGAUACAAUUGACGGUUGCACUGGUGAAUCACCUUCUCCGGCAGGGGACGUACCAGAGUGGUGACAUUGCUGUUCUCACUCCUUACCUUGGCCAGCUUCAUCGGAUGCGUCGGAAGCUCAGCCAGUCUUUCAUUAUCACGGUGGGUGAACGAGACCAGGACGACCUGGACAAUGCUGGCUUCAUCGAAGACGAGGCAGAGGUAGCCUCUUUGGAUACGACAACAAUUGCCAGAACAACGCUGCUUCAUGCUCUAAGGGUUGCCACAAUUGACAAUUUCCAGGGGGAGGAGGCUAAAGUGGUGGUGAUUUCCCUGGUCCGAAGUAACAACCAGAAUCGAUGCGGUUUUCUCCGUACACCAAACCGAAUCAACGUGCUUCUCUCCCGUGCUAAACACGGCAUGUACAUCAUCGGCAAUUCGGCAACUUCCAGGGGGGUUACCAUGUGGGGGAGGGUGAUUGAUAUGCUGGAAAGGGACGGAAAUAUCGGAGAUGCUCUGGAUCUGACAUGCCCCCGACACCCAGACACUCCUAUUACCGUUUCCGAACCGGAGCAUUUUAUCCAAUACUCACCUGAGGGAGGCUGCAGUCUGCAGUGCGGCAAACGUCUUCAGUGCGGCCAUCCGUGCAAGCAAAAAUGCCAUUCAGAGAUCCUCCACGCCGCUGUUUAUUGCCCGGAUCAGUGCAAGCGUCCGCAGAAAGGGUGCGCGCAUCCUUGCCCGAAGCCUUGUGGAGACCCCUGCCCUGAGAGAUGCACUAUAAACGUUUCCGAUCCAGAUCGCCGUCUCCCAUGCGGACAUCUAAUGAUCAAUCUCCCUUGUUGGCAAGCGCAAGAUCUGAGCCUGGUGAAAUGUCUAACCUUGGUCGACCGAGAGAUCCCCUACUGCCAUCACACCACGCGUUUAGCAUGCCACAUCGAUAUUUAUAGCGCGGACUAUCAAUGCAAACACCAAUGUCGGAAAGUGUUGCCAUGUGGCCACAACUGCAAACGGCAGUGUCUGUCGUGCAUGAAUCGCAUCGCCGAGGAACCAAAGUUUGACCAUGGCAAAUGCACGCAGAAAUGCGGACGCCUAUAUUCCACGUGCGCGCAUGCUUGUAAUGCUGAAUGUCACGGGAACACUCCAUGUCCGCCAUGCACGUCGCCCUGCGAUGUCCAGUGCGGCCAUUCCAGGUGUCCGUGCAAAUGCUCUGAACCGUGUGCCCCAUGCGCGGUUUCGGAAUGUCUGUCUUCAUGUCCGCAUAGCUCAUGCUCGAUGCCCUGCGCCGCGCCCUGCGAUCAUAUUCCAUGCUCUCUGCGCUGCGAGAAAGUUCUCUCGUGCGGCCACCAGUGCCCGUCUGUGUGUGGGGAACCGUGCCCUCCGAGCGCCUUCUGCCAGACUUGCGCAUCGGACAGCGUGAAAGAGACCACGGUGGACUUUAUCAUGGGAGAGCAGUACGGCGAAGUCAAUUUGGCCGCAAACCCUUGCAUCUUCCCUCCGUGUGGGCACUUUUUGACCAUCGAAAGCAUGGAUGCGCAGAUGGAUAUCAAGAAGCACUAUAUCUUGGACGAAAAUGGGCGACCCGUUUCGAUUGCGUCGUCUUCACAGCCGUUCUCAAUUGACGAUAUACGCACAUGUGCGAUCUGUCGGGGUUCAUUGCGCCAGGUGGCCCGUUACGGAAGACUGGUGAGACGAGCAUUGUUGGAUGAGGCAACGAAGAAAUUCAUACUGUAUUUGAACCAGGAUUAUGUUCCCAUGGCGCGGAGCCUGCCGGGGUGCAUUUCGAGGUUGCAAGACUAUGAACCACGAGCGCCGGCGAACAAGACCGCAAGACACGUCUUCUGCGCUAAUAUUAAGAUUCGACUCGAGGGGCCCCCACAGCAUCAGGUGAAAUUAAUGAGGCAACAUGUCGCCAAGUAUGAUAAGGAACGGUGGAAGGAGCUCAUUGCUCUGCGGGAGAAGAUUAAUAGCUAUAAAAAGAGGGUGCACGUGCAGGAGCAGCCGUUCGUUCGAGUCCGCAACAUGGUAGAAGAUGCACGUCGGCGAAAGAGAAGCCCUGGUCAAUUCGACUUUGACGCCAAUGUGCUUCAAACAAAGGGCUACCUUCAAGCGACGGCCCUCUUGCUGCGCCUAGACGCAUCCCUCCUUGCGGACUUUCUCUCCCUGUGCAAAAAGGGACGACAUGCCGACCUGUAUGUCAACUUGGCAGGGUACAGGAAAGAGAGUAAUCACCUCUUCGCCAACGCAGCGGCUUCCUCGCGUAUCUUACAGCAGGUAGAGGGGAACAUCUUCCUGGCCCAGUUCUGUGCACUCGAGCGGCAGAACUUGGCUGAUCCAUCCGAAGCAGAAGGUCUGCUGCAAGAGGGUACUGCUGCAAUUGAUGAGGCUGAGAGGCUCUGCAGGCUCCACGCUGGGCAGACCCGCGGCUUUCUAGAAGAAAUCGAAGGCACAAGGGCAAUGCUUCGUGGCUCGGAGUUUUAUGCCCCAGUGACGAACGAGGAACGCAUGGCGGUGUUGGCGGCCAUGUCAGAGGAGUUCCGGGGAACAGGACACUGGUACUAUUGCGAAAACGGUCAUCCCUUCACAAUCGGGGAGUGCGGUGGUGCGAUGGAGCUUUCUCGGUGUCCGGAGUGCGGAGCGGCUGUUGGCGGCCAACACCAUCAAACAACCGCUGGUGUGACCCGUGCCAGUGACCUGGAGAAUGCUUUGCGGGAAAUGCAUCUAUAG